AUGUCCCCCCAGAAGACUGCCGACAAAUAUUUUAACACCGGUGGUUUGAGCCAAUAUAGCGAGACUGCCGACAAACAUAUGAACACCGACUUUACUCAGGACCAGCCAAGAUCCGAACAAGACCGCGACUAUGGAUCUACUGGACGUAAUAUCAAUGCAUGGGGCGAGCGUGAAUCGCAACCUUACUCAGGCGAACGUCCCACAGAGAUAAAGCAGGGCGACGAGAAUCCGUCAAGAGACAGAGGCACAAAGAAGGUCACGACAACGAGAAGGUAUCAUAGGAAGAAAGAACGCUUUCCUGGAAACAACUUGGACGACAACCGAGACUACGACUCUUACGGAUCAGGGGAGGAAGAGGCUAGUCCGGAGCGAAGGGGGAGUUUCUUGAGCCUUCAGUGA